AUGGAUGAAAUACUGUUUGCGACACCAACCACAACAGUAGCAACACAAAAAUAUGCUGCUGCAGCCAUAACCAAAAGCACCAACAAUGCAGAAACAAAUGCAUCUGAAACAUAUGGUCCAUAUGGUAGUAUUCGUGAGAACGUAACCACAGAGAAGUAUCCGGCGAAAGAAGCAGAAACUGAGAAAGAAGCGACGACCGAAGAAGUUCGAACAACAACUGUACCAGUUGAAGCAAGGUUCGUUGGAUAG